AUGAAUCCAGCACAGCCACCAUCGCCAGCAGCAGAGGCCGGUAUGAGCGGUGGAGCCGAAAUAGCUGUUGUGUCAUUAACAUCGAGGAUCCCUGAAUUCUGGACCGACCAACCACGGCUUUGUCCAGUGCGAAGCCAUAAUAACACCGCAGAAGCUAAGUCCCCUAAGUCCAGCAUGCGUUUUCUAGGUUACAUUGUAGAUAAAGAAGGGUUACGUACUGAUCCCGAAAAAGUAUCAGCGAUUUUGAAUUUUGAACGUCCUAAAACCUUCAAAGAGUUGAAAAGAUUUAUUGGUAUUGCUAGUUGGUAUAAAAGAUUUGUUAAAAACUUUUCUGUUAUAGCGGCUCCUCUUCAUAGUCUAACAAAAGGGAAACAAAAGAAAUUUAUAUGGACAGAUGAAGCGGAAAAAGCAUUUGUUGCUUUAAAAACUUUCCUAACAUCAACACCUGUUAUAUCGUGUCCGGAUUUUAAAGAGCCAUUUAUAAUACAAUGCGACGCAUCAAAUAAAGGUAUAGGUGCUGUUUUAAGCCAAAAGAUUGACGGUUUAGAAAAACCAAUUGCAUAUCUAAGUAGAAAACUUAAUGACCGAGAACAGUUGUAUUCGACAUCUGAAAGGGAAUUAUUAAGUAUUGUUUAUGCUGUAGAAAAAUUUCGUCCAUAUGUAGAUGGAUCUCAUUUUACUGUAGUGACGGAUCAUAGUGCACUUAAAAUGAUUCAUAAAAUGAAAGAUCCCCAUGGUAAACUGGCAAGGUCGGCUAUGAAAUUACAAGCAUUCAGCUUCGAUAUAGUUCGAAUGUAG